CCGAGCGUGCGCGCACCGUAUGCAUCUCUAAACGCGUCGUAGUCGCGAGCAGAGUACAACCGAAAAGCCAGAAAAACCGCGACGACCGGAUCUCUGUGUCAUGGACGAGCUAUGUUUGGCGCCGCAGCUGUGCAUCCGAUGCCGGUCGUACGGGCACGUCGUAGUAUCGAACACAGAUCCCUGCACGUGUCCAGAUGACGAGACGUGUUCGCACAGCAAAAGGAUUCUCAAAAAAAAGACGAUUUUGGUUCCGACCGUUCACGACCACAUAAAGUCAAAAGAGAGCGACGUACAUGAAGAAUCGGACGACGACGAUCCAGUCAGCUCUUCGUCGAAUUGUAGUACAAGUAGUUGUAGUACAUCCUCCUCAUCCUCUUCCUCAAGCGGAACUACUUCAGAGUCCGAGAAAUCGUGACCCGACGUCGUCUUUUAGACAUCAUUUUUUUUUUUUUUUU